AUGCCCUGCCCACGGCCACCCUGGCUCCGCCGUCCCCGGGCCCCCCAGAGCUCGGGUCCCAGCUCGCCUGGCACCCCGGGGCGGGGGGAGACCGAGGAUGAAGGCGACGAUGAGGAGGACGAAGACGCCCGCGCGGGCUCCAGCCCCAUCCUGUCCCCCGCCUCGCCCGUGGAGUGCCUCAUCUGUGUGUCGCCCUUCGACGGCAUCUUCAAGCUGCCCAAGCGCCUGGACUGUGGCCACGUCUUCUGCCUCGAGUGCCUGGCGCGCCUGUCGCUGGCCACGGUGUUCCUCAGCCCUUACCCUGCCCUCCUAGCAGUCUGCCAGCUCAAGACUGAGCUGAUCCUACCAGUGGGCAGCAGCCUGUAG